AUGCCUCGCCUUCCCGAUGAUGGAGAUGUGGAGGUGUUCCAGGAGGACGCCGAACAGCUGUUGCAGACGAGCGAGAGGUCCGCCCGGCGGCUGUUCUCGGGCUUCAAAGACUUUGCCUUUUCAGGCAACAUUCUCGAGAUUGCUUUUGGUCUGAUUCUCGCCUCGGCUUUUACGGCUCUGACCACAUCUUUCGUCUCCGAUAUCAUCCUGCCGCCGCUGUCAGUGAUUUUGCCGCUUAACAGGAAUCUGGACGAAAAGUUUGCCGUCCUCCAGCGGGGCCCUAGCUAUGAUGAGCUGGACGGAUACACAACGCUUGCACAAGCCCAAGAGGACGGUGCUGUUGUGUUGGCCUAUGGUGUGUUCGUGAACAAGGUGUUUGAAUUUCUAGGAAUGGGACUUGCUUUGUACGGCUUGGCUGUACUUUAUGAAUCCCUUUCCCACGACCCUAUCAUCAAGCACACCGUCAAGUGCCGAUAUUGCAAAAAGCCGGUCAAUGUCAAGGCUCUUCGCUGUAUCAACUGCACCAGCUGGUUGGAUGGGCGCGAGGAGAAGGACCCAAGCCAGCAGGCGUUUGUUCGGCGACAAUAG